UUGCCAAACAGAAAGCGGAGUUGUUGAGUUGGGCCCUCGUUCACUUCUUUUGGACAAGAAAAAGCAGGGAACACCUGAUCUGAGCCAUGUCUGGAUUGAACGCGUCCCUCGGAUACUUCCUGGCUGCUGUGAUCUUUGCAGCCUCAAUUCAGACACUCCUUAAAAAAUGGCCACGGUUUAGUUUCAUUUUAGAGUUUGCAUCUUCUUUCAUGCUGGUGGCAUGUUGGCUGGAGGUUCAGACCAUUGUGGAAGUAGGUGAGUGGGCUGGAGGCCUGGGCCCUGAUGUGACUGUAACCAUUCUGUUUGUGGUGCUGCUAAUGCAUGGUGUGAUCUGUAGUGGCGCAUCAGGGAAUCCCACCCUGGUUGUGCUGAAGUUCCUGCAGCUGGAGGCCACGACCUUGCAUACUAUAAUUACUGCAGCAGCCCAGUUUCUUGGAGCCCAACUUGCACUGCUUGUAGCUGCAUAUUACUGGAGUCUGGAGCUGACAGACAUGCACAUGAUCAAAAACCUGAUGGCCAGAGAGUGCAGCACAUCUCUGCUGGUUUCUGUGCUCCAGGGAUUUUUCACUGAGUGUGUUUGUGCACUCAUCUUUCAUCUAGUCCAUCUAAAUCUGCAACACAGAACCACUUUGAUCCGGGUGCCCCUCGUUGCUGUCCUCCUUACUUUCCUGUCCCAUACUGCCAAAGGCUACACUUCAGCUUACAUCAACCCAGCCUUAGCCUAUGGCCUCACCUUCCACUGUCCUGGAUUUACCUUCAUGGAAUAUGCACUAGUCUACUGGUUGAGCUCUUUCACAGGCAUGACUCUGGCUCUUGUUCUAUACAUGGGCCACAUUCCAAGGAUUUUUUCCAAGAAUCUACUAUAUUUUCAGAAGACACGUUUCAGAGUACCAAAGGGGGACAAAGGAGAAAAGAAGAAAAUGUAAAAGAAACCACUUUUUUAUUUUCUUUGAAUCAAUAUUUUAGGGGAAUAUCUGACAACAAAUGUUUAACGGCCAAGAGAUUUUGACCUCGAGUAACAGUCACAUGCCAGCACAGAAAAUGUAAAAAUGUUAAGCUUAAAAAAAAUUGAUGGCAAAUUAAUAAAAAAUUCCAUUCCUGUUCUUUGCAUUAAACACAUUAGUAUCAACAAGUUUUCCCUUUUGGAGAAAAAAAAAAAGUGUAGCACUUU